CUGGUCACACCAAGUCCAAGUCCAAGUACUUCAAUCCACCAAAAGCACUACCCAACCCCAAGAGCCCACCUGCCACAAAGGGGAAGAAAAGAAAAGUGGAGCAACAGGAAUAAGACGCACAGGGAAAUUUGACCUGGCUGUGUAAAAAAAAGGACACAGAGGUGGUCGUGGCAGUGCUCCCCUCACAGAUGAAAGGACGCAUCUUGCUUAUCCGCCACUGUGAGCUAUGCUGACUUCGACCCCACCAGUGGUUGACAGGGGAGGUAAUUGAAGGCGUGUUUCAUGUUGCUGCCGACAAAUUGGCCGUUCUGAACAAAAUGUACUUGCUAAAUCACUACACAGCAGGUGUCAUUUUGUUCGGGGACAGAACUCAGCUAACAUCUCACCGUUUACCGAAGGUCAACUUUGACAACUAUGAAGCUGUCCUGUCCUUUGUACUUGUCAACAACAACCACUGGAAGUUGCUGUACAUUCAUGCCAACACCAGCACCGUAUUCCUGGUGGAUCCAGCUCAAAGCAUCAAACAGCUUGAUGACUCCGAACAUGCUGCCAAAAGAAUACAGGAGUACUUCAGGGUGAGGAGGACACGCCACAGCAUAACAGACUGGGUGGAUGUUAAGUGGAAGGGAGGCGUUAUGGGCCACCCACUUCAAACGGAUGGAUGUAGCUGUGGUGUCGUUGUUGUGAAGAUGGCAAAGGCAGUCAUGGAGUCCUUCCCUCUGAUCCCGAAUGUGAAUUUCGAGUGUUCGAAGAAAUACAUGAAACGGGAGAGGAGAGAACUGGCUCUCGAAAUCCUUGAGGCAUCAGUCUUUGAUGAGCACACUUAUUGUGCUAUGUGUGCUGCCUUAAGGCCUCCAGGAUCUGGAUCUCCCAUCACAGACUGGGUUCAGUGUGAUGACUGUGAACGAUGGUACCAUGCCCAGUGCCUGGCAAUGGACAGCAGAGACUUUAAAAAGGCAGAGACAGGAUAUUGGAAUUGUCCUUUGUGCAAUACUUGAAAUGUGCUCAAUGAUGACGAUUAGUAAAACAUGUGUCCUGUGUAGCCUUGUUUGUAUUACUUUCUGAUCAUUAAUCACUGGGUCACAUGACAGGGAAGCUCUAGAAAAAAACCCUGAAUUUUUUAAUAGAAAUAUUAAUAUUAAAUAGAGGAUGUAAUAUUAUCCGAUAUAAAGAGCUGUUUCUAUUGUG